AUUUGUGUGGUGUGUGUUCUGGAGUUUGGGAAUGUGUUCUGUGUUAUUUUUUGUUUGAGCAGGUAUUUGUGAUGAUAGAUCUUGAGAAGAUCUUUCCGACGCAACAAGAAUCGCUUCAAUCGGAGCAAGAACGCGAAAGCUAUGAAGAUUCAAAGUUCAUGAGCUUGCGUUACAAUUGCGGUGGUUACAAAGUGAAGUUGUGGGGUGACUUUAUAUGGAGUUGGGACCUUUGGGGUUGGGGAAACUUAAUUUCGAAUUUAUAUUUUGAGUAAUUCUAGCUCCUAAGUUCACCUAGACUCCGUCCUUAAUCCUAACAAGUGGUAUCAGAGCGAUAUUAAGGACAUUGAGAGGAGUCUACAGAAGUUUGAAGACCCUUCUAGACCCACCAUGGCCUGUGGGUGUGCCUAAGUGGUGUUCUGAAGGUUGGAUGUGUCUUCCGCUAAGGGGAAACUCUGCCGAAAUUUCGUGGACGCCGACACUUGUGAAAAAUAUCGAGGGAGCUGUGUGUGGACAGCAAAGGGGAGCUGAAAUUCGUCAUUUCUCAAGGAGAAGAUGAAUGAGAGAGGAGGAGAUGCUAAUGGAAGAGGAGCUGUAGCUGAGAAGACAAGUGAGCCGCCGCCAUCAAAAGUUGAAGCUUUGGAUGGCUCCAACUAUGAGGAAUGGAGCGGGCGGAUGAGGAGUGCCUUCAAACGCUACAAGCUCCUGAAGAUUGCUGUUGGGGAGGAGAAGAUGCCGGAGGAAGGCGAAGCACGCGAACGGUGGAUUGAGAAAAGCACGGUGCUUUUCGACCUCAUCCUUCAAUCGGUCAACAAGGAGAUGUUCGAGCACAUCAAGGAUCUUGUGGAAGCGGAUGAUUCGGGUCCAAGGGCGUGGAAACUACUACGCGAUGUGAUUCAGCCCAACACUUUCCCGAUGGUGAUCGUGCUCGAGAAGGAACCUGCUGCCAUCUCCAUGCGACCAGGGGACGAUGUGAAGCCGGUCCUUGACAAGAUCAAGGACACCUAUGCAAGGAUGGGAGCAGCGGGCAGCAGUGUAUCUCAGCUGCAGCAGUGCACCAAGAUCAUCUCGGUGUUGGACAACUCGUGGGAUAACCUCAUCCCCACCCUCAACUCUCAGCAAGAUCAAUGGACACCUGAGUGGCUAAGGCAGCAGAUUCUGCAGGAGGACUUCCGCAGACGCCAUGUGGGAGGCGGUGCUGCCACUAAGACUGCUGAGGGGUAUGGAGCUGCAGGGCGCGGCAGAGGAAGAGGGGGUUGGAAAGGCCGAGGCCGUGGGAGGAGCUUUGGCAGAGGUAGAGGCCGAGGUGACUAUAAUGAGGGGCAUGGGAGCUCUGGUGGCAGGGGGAGUACCAGAAUGGAGGGCACCUGCUGGUACUGCAAGAAGGUCGGGCAUCCUUGGUUCAAGUGCUUCAGCAGGCCGGAGGGAUGGGCACCUCCAGGCAUGAAGCCGCCCAGUGGUGAACGCGCACAAGGUGGCGCUGUGCAAGGCUCAGGUGCACAAGGUGAAGGUGCACAAGGUAAUGCCUAUCCUGGUUUGUUUCUUAUGGUUGAGGAUGUGCAUGGGCAUGAGGGUGAUGUGGGAUCAGUGGGAAAGGUUGUGAUGCACCCUCUCACAUACUGGGUGAUUGAUUCGGGUUGCACCAGUCACAUGACCCCACGGGCAGAUUUGCUUGAUGAGGUAAAACCCCCUGGGAAGAUCAAGUAUGUGGCAGCAGCGUCAGGUGCUUUGCUCCCUGUCAUUGGUGUUGGAAAUGCCAAGGUUAAGGGAGCUAAUGGGGAGCUUGUGGGGCUUGGGAAUGUUCUGCUGGUUGAAGGCUUGUCUGCUAACCUUCUCUCUGUGCGACGACUGCAGAAGAGCAAGGCCGAAGUGACCUUUGGACCAACCAGCUGCCGUGCUAAGCUUGGGAAGAAGGUGCUGUGGAGUCUGGAAGAGGAGACCAGCUGCAUCAAGGACCUGUGGCAGCUGCCCAUCCUCCCAUGGAAUGGGAAGACUCCAUCAGCAGCAACGGCAGCAGCGGCAAAGGCAACAGCAGGAGGAGAUGCAACUGCACCAACUGAUGGGGUCCUGGAAGCAGUCAAGAAAGUGCAGCAGCAGCAGACACAUGGUGAGAUGCUUGCUGGUGUGGAUGCGAGUGCGGCAUGGGCUAAGGCUUCAUCAAGGAGUGGAGAGGCCGAUUGGGAGACAUGGCAUGAGAGGCUGUGUCAUGUGAACUUCCCUAUGCUGCAGAAGUUGGUGAAGGAUGGGAGCCUGAAGGGCUUGGAGGUGAAAGGGGGAGUGAAGGAGAUUGGGAGCUGCCCUAUAUGCUUGGAGACCAAGUUCUCCAAGUUCCCCUUCAACAGCACUACAGGACCAGCCAAGACCCCACUUGCACUUGUGCACAUGGAUGUGGUGGGGCCCACAAGAGCCCCUUCCCUCUCAGGCAGCCGCUAUUUCUUGACAAUUGUAGAUGACCACACUCGGGCAGUGUGGGUUUACCCUUUGAAGAGCAAGGGGGAGGUGGCAGCGGCUGUCCUUAAGGAGUGGAUGCCGAGAGCUCAGAGGGAAUGCGGACACAAGGUGAAGGUGAUCCGUAGUGAUAAUGGUGGGGAGUUCAUUGGAGCUGAUUUUGAGGGGGAGUUGAAGAGGAAGGGGAUCCAGCAUCAACUGACAGUGCCCUACAACCCACAGCAGAAUGGCGUGGCUGAGAGGUUUAACAGGACCCUGCAGGAGGGGGCACGCACUCUCCUUGGGCGUGCAGGGCUGCCUGAUCCGUUUUGGGUGUCUGCACUGAGGCAGGUCGCCCUUGUGAAGAACAGGGUGCUGGCUACAGUUGGAGAUAAGGAGUGGAUCCCAUGUGUCAAGUGGUAUGGGAGUGCUCCAGCUGUGAACAUGCUGAGGGCAUUUGGGUGCAUGGUGGUGUUUCAUGUGCCUAAGGAGAAAAGGGGGAAGUUGGAGGCUUCUGGAAGAUGGGGUGUGCACUUGGGGAUUGCAAAGGAUCACAAGGGGUGGCUGCUAUGGGACUUGACCACCCAGAAGUUGUCAGUGUCAAGGGAUGUGAAGUUUCUUGAGUCCCUGUACUACAAGGAAUGGAAGCAGCAGCAACAGAAGCUUCCAUCUACACCGCUCAUUGUGGAGGCAGAUGAGGUGCAGCAGCCUUCAAGACAGGUGGAGGUUGCAGUGUCAGAGGAGGAGAUGUCUGGGGUGACUGAGGAAGGGGGAGCAGCUGAAGUAGAGCAGCAGCAGCAGCAGCAGCAGCAUGAGUCUCCACCUCGAGUUCCACACCCGCCUGAGCGUCCUAGGAGGGAUGUGCGCCCUCCAGUGAGGCUGACCUAUGGGGGAAGAGGCAAGCCGAAUGUGGUGCAGGCUGGGAGUGUGGUUGAGCAGAUUGAGGAAGAUGAGAUCGCUCACUGCUACUGGGCACCAAUCCCUGAGCCCAAGACUCGAGAGGAGGCUUUGAAUGGACCAAAUGGGGAGAAGUGGAAGGCGAGUGAGGAUGAGGAGUUCGGGUCCCUAAUUGAGAACGAGACAUGGGACCUGUGUGACUUGCCUCCUGGAAAGAAGGCAAUCACUUCCAAGAUGAUCUACAGGCACAAGUAUGGACCUGAAGGGGAGCUGACCCGCUACAAGUCUAGGCUUGUGGCAAGGGGGUUUCAGCAGACAAAAGGGAAGGACUAUGAUGAGGUGUUUGCUCCUGUGGGGAAAGGAACAACACUGAGGGUGCUGUUGGCGAUAGCUGCACUCCUGGGAUGGAAGAUUCGGCAGAUGGAUAUUGUGACUGCCUUUCUGAAUGGGAUCAUUAUGGAGGAGGUGUACAUGAAGCAGCCAGAGGGGCUGGAUGACGGGAGCGGCAGGGUCUGCAGGCUGAAGAAGGCCAUCUAUGGCCUUAAGCAGGCGCCUCGUGCAUGGUAUCACAAGUUGGAGGAGGCGCUGUUGGCUGGGGGUUUCAAGAAGAGUGAGUGUGACCCCAGCCUGUUCCUGCUGCAGGAGAAGGACGAAAUCCUCAUGCUCUUGGUCACAGAGCAGAUGCUGGAGAUGCAGUUCAAGUGCUCCAAGAUGGGUGAGGUGAAGUACUACCUGGGGAUGCAUGUGGAGAGAGAUGUGGAAAAGGGUGUGCUGAGGUUGCACCAGAGGAAGUACUGUGAGGGGCUGGCUGAGAAGUAUGGGUUGCAAGAUGGGGGAAAGCCAGCAACACCACUACCUUCGGGGUUUACUGUGGAGCCAUGUGCUGAUGAGGAGGUAGUGGGUGAGAGUGACAGGAAGCUGUUUCAUUCGAUGGUUGGGUUGCUGAAUUAUGCUGCAAAUCAUACACGGCCUGACAUUGCAUUUGCUACAUCACGACUGGCUAGCGUGGUUUCACGUCCUAGUCAUGAGCAGCUGGAAGCGGCCAAGAGGUUGGUCCGCUAUGUGAGUGCUACGGCAUCAGUGGGAUUGGAGUACAAUGGAGUGAGGCAGCGGUUGCAGAGAGGUGCUGCAGAUGUGAAGAGUGGUGAGAUGCUCUUGAGUUGCUAUACUGACGCUAGCUUCAACUCAGUGAAAGCGGAUGGCACCAGCAUUGGGGGUUAUGUGUGCUUGCUGGGAGGUGGUGCUGUGAGCUGGCGCAGCAAGAAGCAAAAUGAGGUGGGAUUGUCCUCAUGUGAGACUGAGUACAUGGCCUUACACCAUGGGGCCAAGGAAGUGGUGUGGCUGAGGCGUUUGUUGGAGGAGUUGGGAGUUGGUCAGAAGGAGCCGACGGUGAUCUUUUGUGACAAUGAGUCCGCUGUGAAGCUGGCCAAGAAUGCUUGUCUGCAUGGGCUGACAAAACACAUAAGGCCUAAGUGGCAUUGGGUGAGGAGAAUCCUUGAUAAGGAGCCAGAGGGGGAGAUUGUUGUGUGAUGUCAUCAUAUGCUAUCACAUUCUGUCUGCCUCCCAUCCCAUGUUUUCAACUUGCAUGUGUGGUUUGAAUGUGCAAGCAUUUGUGUGGUGUGUGUUCUGGAGUUUGGGAAUGUGUUCUGUGUUAUUUUUUGUUUGAGCAGGUAUUUGUGAUGAUAGAUCUUGAGAAGAUCUUUCCGAC